AUGGUGAUCAGUCUACGACCUGAAAUCUACAAUGUGGAAGGGCAUCAACCCAAUCUAGAACUUGAGUUCAUUGUCAACGACCCAAACAACAUGGAUUAUGAGGAGUUUGAGAUUGAGGUAUAUCUUCAUAAAGUUGUAUGCAACUAUGCAUUAGCUGGAAUUCCUAUCUCCUUCCCGUGUAACGCAUAUAUAAACCCAUCUCCACACUCCUCUUUUUCCACUCAAAUCACUACUCUUCGCUUUAAUUUUCAAACUUCAAAUUCCUUCCAAGACUUCCAAACAUUAAAAAUGGAACAAGCUUCUGCCCUAGACAUGAUCAGCCAACACCUUCUCAGUGAGUUUAGCUCCAUCGAGAACUUCAUCUCUAGCCUCAACAGCUGCACCUCCAACAUCGAGCAAACAACCCCAAAAUAUCCACAAACUGAUGAUUCCUUCAAAGUCUCUGACUACUUACUCCCUUCUGAACCCGAAUUCGAAUUCGAAUUCAAAUUCGAAACCAAGCCUCAGAUUGUUCGCUCUGAACCAUCCCCAAAGAAAAAUUCGACUCUCAGUCACCGCAAGCCUGCCAUCAACGUCGCAAUACCGGCAAAGCCAGCACCAGUAGUUCCAGCUGCGGCGCCUGCAACUGUUUCUGCUGGCGCCACAGUUGCUCAAAGUUCGAUCAAUUCUGAGAAUGAGGCCCGACACUACAGGGGUGUCCGGAGACGCCCAUGGGGCAAAUACGCAGCCGAAAUCCGUGACCCUAACAAAAGGGGGUCACGGGUUUGGCUCGGGACAUUUGACACGGCCGUUGAAGCUGCCAAGGCUUAUGAUAUCGCGGCGUUUAAGCUGAGGGGAAGCAAAGCCAUCCUCAACUUUCCUCUUGAAAUUAACAGCAACAUCGCAGCGGCUCAGCCUCUUCAGGCCAGCGUUGUCGGCAGGAAGAGGAGGAGGUCUGAGAGUGUGGAGAGUAAUAAUAGUGAGGGUGUGAGAAGUAAUAAAGCGAUCAAGAAGGAGGAGGACACCAUAAGCAGUGGCAACAGCACCUCACCAAUUGGUUCAUCCAUUUCAUCAGCCGCAGCAGUAAACUGUCCAUUAACGCCGUCGAAUUGGACGUCGAUUUGCAAAGACCUUGACGGAAUUUUCAGUGUGCCUCCUUUGUCCCCGUUAUCUCCUUUCGGAUACAACCAGCUUCUAAUUCAUUGAUUAAUUACAUACCAGAGAGAUGAUGAUGAUGAUGAUUUAGGAGUUUGCUACUGUACAUAUAGCUUAGAGAUGAUCGAUGAGUUUAAUAUUCUGUAAUAGACAAUAUGGUUGAAGUAACCAUCUUGUGCUCUUCUGGGAUUUGUUUAUUCGUUCAUUAAUGAAAUGGUUUCUUAUUUUAAUCUA